AGCACUUGAGUACAGAAGGUGGACAGCUGGGUGGGGAAACAAUCCUUGCCGGCGGGAGUUUCCGAGACGGGCGGCGUUGAUGGAGGCGACUGCAGGCGACGGCGGGGCCAAAGCCAGGCGGCAGAGGAGGCGAAUCCAGGCAGCGGCGGCGCGCUCGUGAACCGGUCGCGGCAGUGAGGAUCGAAUCCCCAACGCUAACAAAGGAGCCGAGCCGAGCCGGGAGCUGCGCAACGCUUGGGAACUGAUGCGGAGGAGACGAUCCAUACGAUGCUGAGCUUGUCCAUGUGGCGCGCAUCAAAGGUGGGGCUGCACAGGAGGAGGUUUGCAGCCGGUCUCCACCGAAUUUUUUUCCGUCCUCUUCCCGUCCUCCUCCCCGCCGUCCUCCCGUCCUCCUCGCCUCCUUCCUCCUCCCCGCCUCCUCCCCUCAUGGCUGUGUGGAGCUGCACCUCGCCCCCACCUCACCUCACCUCGCCUCGUGCUCCACCUCCAGCACUUGGUGGCUGAAAAGCUUCAAUUUUUCGGCGCAUCCGGUGGCGGAAGUGCCAGAUCCUGUGGCGGCGUUGUAGAUCCGGUGGCGGGGAAGCUCGAUCCGGUGGCGCGUACUCGGCGCUUCCUGGUGGUCCUCCUCGACGCCCGUGGUGUUGGCGUGAUGCAGUCACCUCCUCCUCGUCGUGCAGGGACGGCGGCGGUGCUCUCUCUGUUCAUGGCUACUGCUGGUGUUGCUGCUGGUGGCGCGACCGAUCUGUGUUCUGCAUCGGCUACAGCCACUGUUGGUACGCCUACACAUGGCACUUUUCCAUAGAACGGCGAGUCAGAUAUGAACGGAGAUACCAUUUCCCGAUCAACAGCCAUCAGAUCAAGCGGAAAACACCAGAAAGCUGAUUUUCAUCCAUGAUUUAAACAAGAUUUUUUGCCGUCAGGAUCUGCAACGACGGUAUAGCAUAUGUUUCUGUUUCCACCAUAUUAUUACGGAAAGUUUUAGCCAAAAGGAAGAGAGAAACAACAGCAACUAGCUACGGAAUGCCUCCUAAACCUUUGCCUGAAUCUGCUUAGAGAGGUCAUCUGUACUGGCUAUGACAAACAAACUGGACGAAUGACCCUCAAGUUUAAGGAGUUGUUGGAAGGGUUAAAAUUUUAGAGGAAGAGCUGGAGGUGUUUUAACAUGUUGCCUACACAGAAUUACAACGAUGUUUAACAUGCGGCAGCGUUCUGUCUCCCGAAGUCGCGAGUGGCCAAAGCCAUCCAUAUAAAGCAUCCGAGCCGGAGCUGUGAGCAUCUAACUAGCAAGUGUCGAUUUCCUUGCGCCACAAAGCUGACAGCUAGCCCACGGAGGCUGGGCACACGGGAAUAGGGAGGAGGUGCGCACGACCAUGCCGGAGCCUGCCCCGGUGAUCAGGCGGAUCCGCAAGGAGCUGAAACAGCUCUGGAUGGACCCGCCGGCGUUCUGCCGGCCCGGCGCGUCGCCCGUGACGGACCUGUUCCACUGGGAGGUGAUCAUCGACGGCCCCCACGGCAGCCCCUACGCCGGCGGCACGUUCCCCGUCGACGUCGCCUACCCCAAGGACUACCCCUUCAAGCCCAUCAAGCUCACCUUCAAAACUAAGGUGAAUCGGCACUGGCCGCCUCUAGCUGCAUGCAUGCUUCCUCCAAACAAGAUCGCUCGAUCGAUCGACCGGCAUUUGUUUGACCGCUCGUGUUCAUGCCAAACGAUACCCAGACGUACGCGUCUCUGCACUGCAGGUGUACCAUCCCAACAUCGGCCCGGAGGGGAAGAUGGCGCUGGACAUCUUCGGGAGGGGGUGGUGGCCUUCUCUCACGAUAAGGACGGUCCUCCUGUCCGUCGUCUCCGUCCUCUACGACCCCCUGCUCGACCUCCCCGUCCGCCACGACGCCUCCCGGCUGUACAAGCGCGAGCGGGGUCUCUUCGAGCAGAAGGCCAGGCGCUGGACUCGCAGGUACGCCUCGGCGCCGGCCGUCUCCUUCUAUCCGGCAGGGACCGAGCUGUUCGAGGAGCAGCUGGAGGAGGCGGCGACCAGUGGGGCAGUGGCACGCCGUCGUUCUUGUGGAGCAGGGAAAUGGCGUUUCUUCGGGGGCCGCCGCCUCGGCGCCAUCUAGUACGCGCAUGUGUUCAGCCAUGCAUGCACGGCGAUGAUCGCUGAAUAAGACUAUUGAGCACAAGUUAAGUUCACCGGAAGAAUGCUUGGACGAUGCACAAGUUAAGUGAAGCGACGGUGUAUUUGCAAAAACAACCCCGCUGUUUGACUUAACCACGAACGAGUUCCUCCACCCCUGCAGUCACUCCUCUCCUUCCUGCGUCACUCCUCUUCCCCUUCGUCAGUCCUCGCCCCCGUGUCCUCUUCGGAAAAAAAUUCGGUGAAGACUGUGAAAGUAAAAUGAGAGAGAGGAGCAAAUGAUGGAAUAGUUACUUCCAUUGAUGAAGUUUGGGGUAUAUAUACCCGGAUACAAAGGCGGUUACAAAGAGCGGUUGCCAAUAGUGGAACCGACAUAAGCAGGGAUUAACCCUUUAAUUAAACUAAUUAAUUAAUUCCUAACACUCCCCCUAAUCAAUGCUUGUCUUUGUGAAUAUACACCAUCUUGAUAAAGAACCGUCCUUGUAAGUGUUUGCCUUUGAAAAUGUUCAUCAUCUUCAUCUUGAGAAAGACUUGUAUAAUCCUUAAAGUCUCCUCCAAAAACCCUAUGGGAAAAAUAUGAGGAGAAUAGUGUAGAUAUGUUGCUAAAACUCCUUUAAACCCAUUGGGAAAAAUUAAUAAGGAGAAAAAUUAUGCAACAUAUAAUGAUUAUUGUCUCUUGAUAACUCAUACAAGGAAAACCUUCAAGGAAGGAUAAAACUCAUUGGUGAGUGUAGAGAACAGUAAAUAUGCUUUAUAUACUUUCUUUUAAAAACCCGAUGGAAAAAAUUGAAAGUAUAGCAUAUGAUCUUAAAAUGAUGUUGCCUCAUUAAGAACCGUUAUGAGAAACUUUGAGAGAAAACUCAUAAGGGAAAAGAGCGCAAUCUGAUAUGCCACUGAAAACUCUCUUAAAACCCAGUGGAAAAAAUAUAAGGAGAAAAUGAUAUGGCAUAUACAUACACUUGUGUUUAUAUUGUCUCAUAAAACAUUUUAUGAGAAACCAUUAGGGAAAAACUCAUCAAAGAGAAAAAAAGAGUACAAUAUAUGCAAUCUGAUGAUUGUUAACAGGUUAUAAUUUGGGAGAUUACUCCCCCUGAACUUUGCAAAUCUGGAGGAUGUGUCAUACCAAUUUCAUUGACAUGAUCAUGACAUUGUGAACAAUCUAUAGGAUUAUUUCCUCACUUUUCUAUAGUUCGUGAGGAUAAGUAAUUUCGAGCAAUGUGUUUUUAUGAUAUUGCUCUUCAUAUAACCUGUAGGUAUUGAGUAACACAAGUGGAAGCAUCUUAAUAAAUCAAGUUAUGUGAUUCUGAUGAAUGUCAACCACAUGAUAUAGAGUGUGGUUUAUCAUUCUGCUGAGCCAUGCAUAUUUUGGAAUGCUUUUAGAUAAAGGAAUUAUGCUAGAAUGAUAAGUGGAAGUAGUCAUUAGAGUCAAUUUAGAUGACUUACAUGAGAAGACUAUUCUGACGAAUUCAGUCAUUGAUGUGGCAUUGUUGGGAUCAAAUAAAGAGCCAAUAUCAUUUCAUAUAUCAUGGUCAUAUCUUGAUUUUCCUGAUGGAAUUGCCCAAGAUUUAUUGUGAGCUUGAGAUAUAAGUUAAUAUUUCUUAUAUCGACCAUAUACCUUUUAUUGGUAUGAUAUAUCCACAUUGAACUUCUCAUAUAUGUUUGGAUAUAUGUAAACUGAUAUGUAUUCUUGAGAGAAUGCUCAAGUUGUAAACUUAAGCUAAAUUUGGUUGAAUCCAAAUUUCCCGUCUUGAGAUGAUUUUGUGCAUGUUUAAGUCUUGUAUAGACAUUGAUGAUGAGGUCAUCAAUAUACAUUGAGGUGAUGAAAGGAAAUGAAAUUUGGGAUUC